AUGUUCCUCUCCAAUCUCCCAAAUGAAGUUGUCUUUCUAAUCGCCACCCAUCUGGUCUGUUACAGGGACCUCAGGGCCCUCGUGUUAUCCUCUCGUGGAUUGUACCAUCUCUUGCAAGGAUAUCUCAGCAAACACAGCUACCAAGCUUGCCAUGGAGACGCUCUAUGCUGCGCCGCAGCUCAUGAUGAUGAAGGACUCGCCAGGGAAUGUCUAAAGAGGAUGGCAGUCGCCGCCGAGUCCUUUCAAGGGCCCCGUAUGAGCAACCCGUACAAACAUCCUCUAUGCACCACCAACUGGAGGGUCGAGGAUACGGUGCUCAUUCAGCGUGCGCUGCUGGUAGCCGUGCAAGCUGGUUCAAAACGCGUAGUCAACCUUCUUCUCGACCACGGCGCGCAGACCAUGUUCCGGUGUCCGAUGGGCUACAUUAACAACAUCCCACCGCUCUAUCUCGCCGCGCAGAACGGCCACGAGGACCUUGUGGACUUUCUAUGUGAGAGGGGAGAUUCUUGCUACGGAGUGAAUACGUGUCCGCUCCUUUGGGCAAUCGAGCAUAAUCAGCGCCGGAUCAUUCGCACCCUAUUGCGCCACGAAUUGUGCAAUCAUUGCUGGUAUGUUCUGCCGAUGGCUAUGAACCGCAGAGAUACGGACAUGUUGCGCUUCCUGCUGGAACACGGGCUUCAUGGGACAAAUUAUGCGCGUGAUGCGCUGUUUGCUGCAAUUUGCAAGGGGGACCUGGAAAUGGUUAGAUUGUUCACCGCCCACGGCGCGGAUCCGAACCGACUGGGCGACUGCUAUGACAGCAGAUGGGAGAAAAAUCACGUCCAGCUUCUUCGGAAGAUUGAUAGUCGCUCUCUUCUGGAGCUUGGCGGCAGAGAGGAUGACCUUUUUAUUCGGUGCAACGGCUUGUGUGUUGAGGAGGAGCCGGUGUUCUGUAGUACCGCGUACGUUGCGGUUUAUUAUGACCAGAUGCCGAUACUGAGGUUUCUGCUCGAUUAUGGAGUACAUCCUGAGCCGGAUGACAUUCAACUGGGUCGGAAGAAGGGGAAUGAAGAGGCUGUCCGUUUGCUUUCUCGAUUCUCUUAUGAAGAUGUACCACAGAGGAAGUCACCCUGA